UUUGGGUUUAAAGCCCAUAAAGUCAAGACUGAACCCAAAAGGCCCAAAUACCAGCUGUAACUCUGCUGAUUUCUCACUUUCCCUGCAAGUCUGCUCCUAUCAAAUGAUUUUCUUCUUCCUCCUCCUAAAACCCUAGCAAUGCUCUCUCUGCAACUCUGUUCCGCGAACCCUAAACCGGCGUUACUAAAUCCGUCAUUUAAACCCUUUUUAAAUCCAAGAACCCUAAAACCCCCAAAACCCUACGAAAAACGAAAGCUCAUCGCCAUUUCUUCAGUCCUUCAAUGGAAUAGAAAGCCUGAGCUGGCAGGCGAGACCCCGCGCGUGGUGGUUAUAACAUCCGGGAAAGGCGGGGUCGGCAAGACCACAACCACCGCCAACGUUGGACUUUCCUUGGCCCGCCUCGGAUUCUCCGUAGUAGCCAUCGACGCCGACGUUGGCCUCCGGAACCUAGACCUCCUCUUAGGUCUCGAGAACCGCGUGAACUACACGGUCGUCGAGGUCCUCAACGGGGAUUGCCGACUGGACCAGGCAUUGGUUCGAGACAAGCGCUGGUCAAACUUCGAAUUGCUUUGCAUUUCUAAACCCAGAUCGAAACUCCCCAUCGGAUUCGGUGGGAAAGCGUUGGUUUGGCUGGUCGACGCGCUGAAAGCGCGUGAAGAAGGUUCUCCGGAUUUUAUAUUAAUCGAUUGCCCGGCGGGGAUUGAUGCAGGGUUUAUAACGGCCAUAACGCCAGCAAACGAGGCGGUUUUGGUGACGACGCCGGAUAUAACUAGCUUAAGAGACGCGGACAGAGUGACGGGGCUUUUAGAAUGUGAUGGUAUAAGGGACAUAAAAAUGAUAGUGAACAGAGUGAGGACGGAUAUGAUAAAGGGCGAAGAUAUGAUGUCGGUUUUGGAUGUGCAAGAGAUGUUGGGGUUGGCAUUGUUAGGAGUGAUUCCCGAGGACUCCGAGGUUAUCAGAAGCACCAAUAGAGGGUACCCGCUUGUCCUGAAUAAGCCACCUACGCUUGCUGGAUUGGCGUUCGAGCAGGCCGCUUGGAGGCUUGUUGAGCAGGAUAGCAUGAAGGCUGUUAUGGUUGAGGAGGAGCCCAAAAGGCGUGGAUUUUUCUCAUUUUUUGGAGGGUAGCCGCAAGGGGCAGUUUGUUUGGGGUGGGGUUGAUCUUGGUGAGGUCUUGAGGAGCUAUGUACAGUGAGUAAAGGUUGGUGGCCUUUUGAUUCUUGCUAGUGAUUUUGAAGUUUCUUUUGUUAGAUAGCGAGGCUUGUUGUUGUAGGGUUCUGAUUUCUAGGGAAGGUGUCUGUUUGUUGCAUUCGGAUGAUCUUCACUCAAUUGUAUUCUUGGGGCGUGGUUGAAAAUUUUGUUGUUGUGAAUAUAUUGUUGUUUCAAGAUUUUAAUCUUCUGUAUUUAUUGAAUUGAAACAUUUAAUUGCUCAAUCAAUCUAUUGAAUCUGAUGAAUCAAAAUCA